UUUGAUUCCCGAUCCAAUUCGGUGUGGACGGUGAGACAAUAGGAACAGAGCGAGCAGCUGGUUUGAGACGGAACCUUCAAGUGACAAAGGGGCCCCGGCGCAGUCCAGAUCGAAAACAUCACCACCUCACCAACUCGUGGCCACACGCGACAACCGGCAACCCCAGCUCACGGCUAUCGAUCCUACCUAACACGUUACCCUCCUAUACAUUUGCACGAAGAAUCUGCGAAACGUUUAUUCCCCGAGCGACCACCAUGGUUCCACCUGUAUCCCUACCUCCGUGGGCUAUCGACAUGAAGUCACCGCCUCCACCACCAUCAAAAGCGAACAUCCCGAAUCCGCCAGGCUACUCGUCCUCACCACGAUCCAGCUCAAAACAACCCAAAUCCCCCCAGCAAUCUUCGACGUCGUCUAGCAUUUCCGCACAGAAAUCCCGUGAAACCGACGCUCUCAAGCUCAAGAAGGCGUGGGAGAUUGCCUUUGCACCAGCAAAGCAAUUACCUAUGAACGCAAUAAUGAUGUACAUGUCUGGGAACAGUCUACAGAUUUUUAGCAUUAUGAUGGUCUUCAUGCUAUUCAAGGGACCUAUCCAAGGUCUGAUAGCGACAAAUUCCGCCUUUGCCAAAUUUGAGGCGGAAGGGAUUAAGGCGCAAUUGAUUGGAGUGAAGAUAGUAUAUGUUCUGAUGCAACUUAUGCUAUUGGCGUUGGGCGUGUGGAAGGUCAAUGCGAUGGGUUUGUUACCGACUACGAGGUCAGACUGGCUUGCUUGGGAGACGGAAAGGGUCCCCCUAGAAAGGGCGUAUUUUGCAUUUAGAUAAGAAAGGAACACGAAAUAUUUCUCCGUGAGAACCAUAAACGUGGUUAUUUUUGGCCAGCCGCUAUGAUAUUUGAGCAUAACAUUUCUGGGUUCCUGGAUUAUAUCACCCAAGCAAACUGUCUCCCAUAGGAUAAACAGCUUCCCCGAGCGUCAAUUCUCUGCUUUACCAG